AUGAUUGAAAAUAAAUUUGACGAGAAAUCGGUUUCAAAAAAUUGUGGCUUAAGAGGGCAAAAGGAGUGUCCGCGCCUCCGUCAUUAUCGAACUCUAUGUUUAUGUGACAAAUGCACGGUCCAUAAAAGCGUUGCACAGGAAAAUAAUCGCGGUGCACAUGCACUAUCUGAUGAGCAAAACAUAUGGGCCUGUUUUUUGACAAGUCACCUGGCUUUCCUAAUUGAGUUGUCCUUGUUUGUCAAUAUCGUUCGAGGACCAAGGUUGAAAGACUCUGUGGAGAUUAUCUCACUCAAACCUUGCAGUCUCACCAUCGUCCAAGAGGAGUACGCGGAAGGGCAAGCAGUGGCACACAUCAGGCGGCUCCUAGACAUAGUCGCCUGCACGACGUCAUUCGGCCGUUCAUCUUCUUCUCCCAAACCGAACAGUCGAGCCGGUGUCAAAGAGUCCGGUCCAUCAGACUCUGAACACGGUGCAGAAAAUGCAACUUCAGAAGCCUCUCCAAAGCCCAAAGGUUCCGACCGAAAGGCCGGUGAGACCCCCAAGGCGAAGCUCACGAAGUCAGACGUUCCUGCCGCCUUCACCGGAGGAGACACGGAUGAAAAAGGCGACGCCAUGGCGUUGAUGAUGUACCCACCACCGAGGCUUGGGCAGUUCUACGACUUCUUCUCGUUCUCUCACCUCACUCCUCCAGUGCAAUACAUUAGAAGGUCAACUCGACCAUUCCUCGAGGAUAAAACAGAUGAUGAUUUCUUUCAAAUUGAUGUACGGAUUUGCAGUGGGAAGGCAACUACAAUUGUUGCUUCUCGGAAAGGCUUCUACCCUUCUGGAAAGCGUAUACUUUUGAGCCACUCAAUGGUUGGCCUGUUGCAGCAGAUAAGUCGAAUAUUUGAUUCUGCAUACAAGGCUCUCAUGAAAGCUUUCACUGAGCAUAAUAAAUUUGGGAAUCUUCCAUAUGGUUUCCGAGCAAACACAUGGCUAGUCCCCCCGAUUGUUGCUGAGAACCCAUCUAUCUUCCCUCCACUUCCUGUGGAAGAUGAAAGUUGGGGCGGAAAUGGAGGUGGACAAGGAAGAGAUGGUAAGCAUGACCACAGGCUCUGGGCAAAGGAAUUCUCGAUUCUGGCUGCAAUGCCAUGUAAAACAGCAGAAGAGAGGCAGAUCCGUGAUCGAAAAGCUUUUCUACUUCACAGUCUAUUUGUUGACGUUUCAGUCUUUAAAGCAGUUGAUGCAAUAAAACAUCUCGUGGAAAAUGAUCAAAGGUCAACAAAUAAUUCUGACUCUUCAAUUUUAUAUGAGGAAAGAAUUGGAGAUCUACUUAUUAGUGUGGCAAAAGAUGUGCCGGAUGCAAGCACAAAGUUGGAUAGCAAAAGCGAUGGGAGUCUGGUUCUUGGAAUGUCACAUGAGGAGCUCACUAAGAGAAACCUGCUUAAAGGCAUAACUGCUGAUGAGAGUGCAACUGUUCAUGAUACUUCUACUUUAGGUGUUGUAGUUGUUAGACAUUGUGGGUAUACUGCUAUUGUGAAAGUUGCAGCUGAGGUCAAUUGGGAGGGCUAUCCCAUUCCUCAGGAUGUUGAGAUUGAGGACCAUCCAGAGGGAGGUGCAAAUUCAUUGAAUAUAAAUAGGUUAGUAACUGUACCAAUUUGUAUUCUCCAUUCAUAUUGGCAGUCACCUGAUGAGUUGAUUGAGAUGGCGCAUAAAUACUAUGAUGAUACUGCCCUCCCAAAAUUGGUUGCUGAUUUUGGCUCCCUUGAACUUUCACCGGUUGAUGGAAGGACACUGACAGAUUUCAUGCAUACCAGGGGUUUGCAAAUGUAUUCCUUGGGGCGUGUGGUUGAACUUGCUGACAAGCUCCCUCAUGUGCAAUCACUCUGUAUACAUGAGAUGGUUGUUAGAGCGUGCAAGCACAUUCUUCUGGCAGUUGUAGCAGCAGUAGAUAAUGUUACUAACAUGGCUGCAUCAAUUGCUUCAUGUUUGAAUCUGUUGCUAGGGACACCACCUACCGGACACAAUGAUGCAGACAUGACUAAUGAUGAUGAACUUAAAUGGAAAUGGAUUCAAACUUUCCUUUCAAAGAGGUUUGGAUGGCAAUGGAAGGAUGAAGUUCGUCAUGAUCUAAGAAAGUUUGCGAUUCUUCGUGGGCUUUGCCAAAAGGUUGGGCUUGAGCUUGUGCCAAGGGACUAUGAUAUGGAUUCCCCCUUCCCUUUCAAGAAAUCAGAUAUAAUUAGCAUGAUCCCUGCUUAUAAGCAUGUUGCUUGCUCAUCUGCGGAUGGGCGUACUCUGUUGGAAUCAUCCAAAACUUCCUUGGAUAAGGGCAAAUUGGAGGAUGCUGUAAAUUAUGGGACUAAGGCACUCUCAAGACUUGUUUCAGUCUGUGGUCCUUAUCAUCGAAUGACAGCAGGGGCAUACAGUCUGUUGGCUGUGGUGCUAUACCACACUGGGGACUUUAAUCAGGCUACCAUCUAUCAGCAGAAAGCUUUAGAUAUCAAUGAGAGAGAGCUUGGACUUGAUCACCCAGACACAAUGAAAAGCUAUGGAGAUUUAGCUGUCUUCUACUAUCGGCUCCAACACACGGAGCUGGCCUUAAAGUAUGUCAACCGUGCACUGUAUCUCUUGCAUCUAACAUGUGGCCCUUCUCACCCAAAUACCGCUGCAACUUACAUCAAUGUAGCAAUGAUGGAAGAAGGUCUGGGGAAUGUCCAUGUUGCUCUUAGGUACCUCCAUGAGGCUCUCAAGUGUAACCAAAGACUUCUUGGAGCUGAUCAUAUACAAACUGCGGCCAGCUAUCAUGCUAUAGCAAUUGCUCUCUCAUUAAUGGAGGCAUAUUCUCUGAGCGUUCAGCAUGAACAAACGACGCUUCAGAUACUGCAGGCUAAACUUGGACCGGACGAUUUACGUACACAGGAUGCGGCUGCCUGGCUUGAAUAUUUUGAGUCCAAGGCUCUGGAGCAGCAGGAAGCUGCACGCAAUGGCACUCCAAAACCUGAUGCCUCUAUCUCUAGCAAAGGCCAUCUGAGUGUGUCGGACCUGUUGGACUAUAUAAUCCCAGAUGCGGAGAUGAAAGCAAGAGAAGCUCAAAAGAAGCAGGCUCGUGCUAAGCUUAAAGGAAAAGUGGGCAGCAAUUGUGAAGGAGUGACAAACGAAUACGAGAAGGAUGAAUUGCAUUCACCAACUGAACCUGUUGUGGAGAACUCCAGUGAUAAAGAGAAUAGAUCUGAAUUGGAGAACAAAUUCGACUCACAGUUUGCAGACUCCACCAACACGAACACCGAUACAUUUUUAGCUGACAAAACACUUUUGGAUCAAACUGAUGACUUUGUAAUGGAUGAUGUUUCCGAGGCAGGAUGGCAAGAAGCUUUUCCUAAAGGUCGCUCACCAAUAGGACGCAAGCCCUCUAGUUCCUGGAGGCCAAAUCUUGCAAAAUUGAACACCAACUUUCUGAAUACUUCUCAUCCUUCUAAAAACCGAAGCAAACCAGCUAAUUUCAAGUCCCCACGAACAAGUUCAAAUGAGAAUGCUGCUGCUUCUGGACUAAGCCCUCAUGCUUCAAAAAAGUUGGCAAAGAGUGCUGGCUUCAGUCCAAAGCUAAACAAUCCUUCUGGGGCUGCCGCUAGUAAAGAGAAAUCUGCUAACCCAAAAUCAGCACCUGGCAGCCCAGCUUCUAAUGAAGCCACUAAAGCUGGUUCCAUUGUUGGUUCAGCCAGUGUUCAGGCAGCUGGAAAGCUUUUCUCUUACAAAGAGGUUGCUUUAGCUCCACCAGGUACCAUAGUUAAGGCUGUUGCAGAGCAGUUGCCCAAGGAGAGUUCUGCCGAAGAAAAUCACCAAGAAAGCAAGGAGACAAGUGUCUCAGAAGCUUUCAAGAAUAGUAAGGAAGUUCAAGCUCAGAAGAUGAUUGAAGAAAAAAAUCCUUUGGAGUGUGUCAAAGAAAUGGAAGAAAGUGUUGAGCAGAAAAAAGAUGAACACGUCGAUGCACUCUUGGCAGAAUCUUCACAAGAAGUAAGCACUGGAGCAUGUGAAGAAAAAAUAACAGUUAUUACGACUGCUUCAAAAUCUGAAGCUUCCGUUGAAAGCACUGACGAUGGCAAUGCACAAGAUUCCAUAUCAGUAGGGAGUUCUGAUUUCUCCAAGGGUUCAGAUACUAAUAUUGUUGGUAAUUGCACAGUAACUUCAACUAAUGUUAAACUUCUAGCUGAUGCGGAAAAUACUGUUCAGUUGCUGGAGAAAGCUGCUUCUAUUCCCAAAGAAACUAUGGCAGAUAAAGAGGGAAAUCUUCCUUUGUCCAAUGAAAAUGAAAAUAAUGGUUCAUUACCAAAUGAGGCAGAGAAUCAAUCUAAUGUAAUUGCUAAUCCUUUGCCACCUGAGGAAGAAAAGCAAAGUGAUGCUGAGACUGGUAAGGAACCGGCCAAGAAACUCUCUGCCACUGCUCCUCCAUUUAAUCCAUCCACAUUUUUAGUGUUUGGCUCUGUUCCUGUGCCUGGCCAUACAGAGCAAGGAGGAUUAUUGCCUCACCCGGUGAAUAUUGCUCCUGUGGUUGCUGUUAAUCCUGUUCGUAGAUCUCCACAUCAAUCAGCAACAGCAAGAGUUCCAUACGGUCCACGCCUCUCAGGUGGCUAUAAUCGAUCUGGAAAUCGGGUUACAAGGAACAAGCCUUUCAACAAUGGUGAAUUUAAUGGGGAUCAGAGUCAGUUCAGCCCUCCAACAAUAAUGAAUCCACUUGCAGCUGAGUUUGUACCUGGCCAACCAUGGGUUCCAAAUGGCUAUCCAGUUUCUCCAAAUGGUUAUAUGGCCGCUUCAAAUGGUAUUACUUUCUCCCCAAAUGGAUAUCCUGUAUCUCCAAAUGGCAUAGCAACAUUGCCAAAUGGCUUUCCAGUAUCCAUGAAUGGUGUGUUGGAGACUCAAAAUGGGCUUCCAGUAUCUCCAGUGUAUUCAGUAGAGUCUUCAUCAGUUGCAACUGUUGAAGCAGCUGAAGAAAACCAAAAUGAAGUUGAAGCUGAAGCAGAGGGUAGUGUAGAGGGAUACUCGAGCAACUUGACAGUCAUUGCUUCGCCAACAUCGCAAAAUGUACAGGAAGGACCCAGAGUUAGUGAAGAAACCCAUUCUGAUCAAUCGGGAGACAAUGAAAAAUCACGUUGUGGACCUGAAGAAACACCUACAGAAAAAGUUGCAGAAGAUCCUGAUAUUGUGUCUGCAGAGGAUAACUGUAAUGACAUUGCUGUCGAGGAAAAGACAACCAAGCGCUGGGGAGACUACAGUGAUGGUGAAACUGAUAUCGUUCAGGCAACAAGUUGAAUGAAUACUUUAUCAUUUACCUUGAUCGUCUACUCUUAAUGAAGAAUACACUGUGAGAUCAAAGCAAUGAGAUGCACCUGGAUUUGUGGUGCCGGGAAAUGAAUGAGGAGUUCGAUUUACUCUUACUGUCGACAAGUUUGGUAGAACUCCAGUAAAACUAGAUGCUACCGCCUUCUUGAUACGGGUUUCAUUGUGAUCUAGCUUGGCUGCAAAGUGAAAGUCAUCAAGUAUGCAAGAUGCAACGCAAAAGAGAGUUUAAUCUUGCAGAGGUAGUAGGAUCUUGAGUGAAUUUUAUUUUCUUUAUGCUUUACGUUUCAAAUUCUGUGGUUUCUUUUGAAACAUGUAAGAACCUUGACUAGAGUCAUUCGGGAAAAAAUUUUAGGAUGAUCACGAGCAUGGAGUGCAGAAGAUAUAUACCAUGACAAAAAAAAAAAAAAAAAAAAAAAAAAAAAGA